UUUCUUUCACUCUAUUCAUUCUUCUCUUUCUCUCUCUCUCUUCAUCAACAAGCAUGGGAUCCUCAGCGAUGGUGUUGGACCCUAAGCCCUUAUCGGAACCGCCACCGUUCCUUCCGUCGACGAAAUCGGACUACAUGCAAGGCGGCGAUCCAAGCUCCGACGAAGACGACCUCUACAGCCGCCUCAAGUCGCUGCAGAGACAGCUAGAGUUCAUCGACAUCCAAGAGGAGUACGUUAAGGACGAACAAAAGAACCUGAAGCGUGAGCUUCUACGUGCGCAAGAAGAGGUGAAGAGGAUCCAAUCCGUUCCUCUUGUAAUUGGCCAGUUCAUGGAGAUGGUCGACCAGAACAACGGCAUCGUCGGAUCCACAACCGGAUCCAACUACUAUGUUCGGAUCCUCAGCACCAUCAACCGCGAGCUCCUCAAACCCUCCGCCUCUGUCGCCCUCCACCGCCACUCCAAUGCGCUCGUCGAUGUUCUGCCGCCGGAGGCCGACUCCAGCAUCUCCCUCCUCAGCCAGUCCGAGAAGCCUGAUGUCACUUAUAAUGACAUUGGAGGAUGUGAUAUCCAAAAGCAGGAAAUUCGUGAGGCUGUAGAGCUACCCCUUACACAUCAUGAACUAUACAAACAAAUUGGUAUUGAUCCUCCACGUGGUGUUCUUCUAUAUGGUCCCCCUGGCACUGGUAAAACAAUGCUUGCCAAAGCUGUUGCUAAUCACACCACUGCUGCCUUCAUCAGGGUUGUGGGAUCUGAGUUUGUGCAGAAGUAUCUUGGUGAGGGUCCACGGAUGGUACGUGAUGUAUUUCGUCUUGCAAAAGAGAAUGCCCCUGCAAUUAUAUUUAUCGAUGAGGUUGAUGCAAUAGCUACUGCUAGAUUUGAUGCCCAAACUGGAGCUGAUAGAGAAGUACAGCGUAUCCUCAUGGAACUUUUGAAUCAGAUGGAUGGUUUUGACCAAACAGUAAAUGUUAAAGUCAUCAUGGCAACUAACCGAGCAGACACUUUGGAUCCUGCUCUUUUGCGUCCUGGAAGGCUUGAUCGCAAGAUUGAGUUCCCUUUACCUGAUAGACGCCAAAAGAGGCUUGUAUUUCAGGUUUGCACAGCCAAAAUGAACUUGGGUGAUGAGGUGGAUCUGGAGGAUUACGUUUCUCGUCCCGACAAAAUUAGUGCAGCUGAGAUAGCAGCUAUUUGUCAAGAAGCAGGAAUGCAUGCUGUUCGUAAGAAUAGAUAUGUCAUACUGCCAAAGGACUUUGAAAAGGGUUAUAGGACGAAUGUGAAGAAGCCUGACACUGACUUUGAAUUUUACAAGUGAUGACGAGUGUUAGCUUUCUGGUUCGUUUGUGCGCGCGCCGGGUGCGUGGUGUCCGUGAAGAAUUCAUGUAGUUAAGGGUACACUUAUGCAUCAUAUCAAUAUUUAUGAGAAAUGAUACAAUGUUUCUGUUUUAACUUUUCAUCUCAAUAUGUAGAUCAUUAAAUUUACUGAGCAGAUUAACUUUGGCAGCUGAAUAUUGAGUACAUAUUGUUUGAUUACUGAAGACUCUUGUGACAUGUUUGGAAUAUCAGUGUUUUUUAUUUUUAAAAAAU